CCUUUGCUCUGCUCCGCGCUGCUGCAGCUGCUCUGUCUCGUUAUUCUUCCGCUAAUUGUUCCUCUGGGAAUGCUGACACCAUCCGCGGCUGCCCUCUAAUCGUCAUCGCCGCCACCAGCAUUCACAGCUUUCUCUUCCCUUCCACGCCGAAUCCGCCCCUCGAUCCCGCUCGUGCACCGCAUCCCGGCCCAGCCAUCUCGACAACAUGCCUGGCUUGGUGUCGGCGACGGGCGUGCUCGCCUUCCUGGCCGACGAGGAGCCCGAGCUCCGCGUCUUCGCCCUGCAGACGCUCAACGACGACAUCGACACCGUCUGGACCGAGGUCGCCGGCAGCUUGAGCCAGAUCGAGGCCCUCUAUGAGGACGAGUCGUUUCCCGAACGUCAGCUGGCUGCCCUUGUGCUCGCCAAGGUCUACUACCACCUGCAGGCCUACAACGACAGCAUGGUCUUUGCCCUCGCGGCGGGGGACCUGUUCAAGAUCGACUCCCCUGGCGAAUUUGAGGAGACCAUCAUCUCCAAGUGCGUCGACCAGUACAUCGCGACUACAGCUGCCAAAAACGCCGCUCCCAAGGCGGCCAAGACGUCCGACCUGCCAGAGCUGUCGACCACCUUUGCCACCUCCACCGAUGGCGCCGUCAUGUCUCCCACGACGCCCUUCUCUCACACCACUCUGCCGCCCAAGUCUCUGCUCUCGCGCGCCUCCAUCGACAACACCAUACUCGAUGCCACCUUCCAGCCCGUGACGAAGCAGGGUCGCUCGGGAUCCAUCACCCAGCUGCCCAACAACGCGGCCGAGGCCUCCUUGCAGAGGAUCAUUGAUCGCCUGUUCGAGAGCUGUCUAGCCCAAGGCCGAUACAGACAAGUCGUCGGCAUCGCCGUCGAGGCUCGGAAUCUUGACAUCCUCCGACGAGUCAUCAAGCGCGCCAGCGAAGAUGAGAAGCUGUCCAAGGUCAAGGGCGCCGAGGGGCAGCCGGGACCCGCCGAGGAGCUCAUGGAGUACAUUCUGGGCAUCUGCAUGGACAUUGUCCAGGAGAGGGCCUUCCGAACCGAGAUUCUGCGGCUGAUCCUGGACCUCUUGAGCGAGAUUCCUAACCCCGACUACUUCGCCAUUGCCAGAUGCGUCGUCUAUCUCAACACAGACGAGGAGGCGUCCCGGAUGCUGCGCAACCUCGUGUCCAGGGGCGAUCGCACUUCCACGGCUAACGCAUACCAGAUCGCCUUUGACCUCUAUGACAACGGCACUCAGGAAUUCUUGGGCAAGGUCCUGUCCUCUCUUCCGUCCGGGGAGCCACCCAAGAAGAAGGAGGCCGAAGGCGCCGAUAAGCCCGAAGAGAGCGAAUCGCUGCUGGAGAACCAACAGGCUGCGCCCGAAGAAGAGCUCCCAGAAGACGUGGCCAAGGUCUACCGCAACAUCCGAUCCAUCCUCGACGGCUCCAAGACCAUCCGCCUGAACCUCGAGUUCCUCUUCCGCAACAAUCACACCGAUCUGAGCAUCCUCAACAAGGUGCGCGACAGCCUCGAGGGCCGUAACUCUAUCUUCCACACUGCCGUGACCUUCUGCAAUGCCUUCAUGAACCAGGGCACCACAAACGACAAGUUCUUCCGCGACAACCUCGAGUGGCUCGGAAAGGCCGUCAACUGGUCCAAGUUCACCGCCACCGCUGCCCUCGGCGUCAUCCACCGCGGCAAUCUGUCACAGUCACGAAAGCUCCUCGAGCCAUACCUGCCCAAGCAAGGCGGCCUUAGUAAUGGUUCCAUCUUUAGCCAGGGCGGAGCCUUGUACGCCUAUGGCCUCAUCCACGCCAACCACGGUGCCGGCGCUCUGGAAUACCUCAAGAUGCAGUUUGGCCAGGCUGAGGAAGAGGUUGUUCAGCACGGUGGUGCUCUUGGCCUGGGUAUUGCGGGUAUGGGUACUGGGGACAACGAGAUCUUCGAGAAGCUCAAGGAUGUCCUCUUCCAAGACUCUGCUCUCAAUGGUGAGGCGGUCGGAUUGGCCAUGGGCCUCAUCAUGCUGGGCACUGGCAACGUCAAGGCCCUCGAGGACAUGAUUACGUACGCCCACGAGACGACCCACGAGAAGAUUGUCCGCGGCGUGGCCCUUGGCAUGGCCCUCAUCAUGUACGGCCGCCAAGAGGGCGCCGAUGUGCUGAUCGAGGGCUUGCUCAACGACCCGGAUCCCACACUGCGCUACGGUGGUAUCAUGACCGUUGCCCUGGCCUACUGCGGUACCGGCAGCAACAAGGCCAUUCGCAAGCUGCUCCACACCGCCGUAAGCGAUGUCAAUGACGACGUUCGCCGAAUCGCCGUCAUGAGUCUGGGCUUCAUUCUCUUCCGCAAGCCCGGCAGCGUCCCCCGCAUGGUCGAGCUGCUGUCCGAGUCGUACAACCCCCACGUCCGAUACGGGUCUGCCAUGGCCCUGGGUAUCUCGUGUGCCGGCACUGGGCUGGACGAGGCCAUCGAUCUCCUCGAGCCCAUGAUGAAGGAUCCCACCGACUUUGUCCGACAGGGCGCCCUCAUCUCCCUGGCCAUGAUCAUGGUGCAGCAGAACGAGGUCAUGAACCCCAAGGUGGCCUCCAUCCGCAAGACGCUCAAGAAGGUGGUCGGGGACCGACACGAGGACGCCAUGACCAAGUUCGGCGCCGCCCUUGCCCUGGGCAUCAUCGACGCGGGCGGCCGAAACUGCACCAUUGGCCUCCAGACCCAGACCGGCAAUCUCAACAUGGCCGGCAUUGUUGGCAUGGCAGUCUUCACGCAGUACUGGUACUGGUUCCCCUUUACCCACUUCCUAUCCCUCAGCUUCUCGCCCACGUCCAUCAUCGGCCUCGACCACGACCUGGAGAUGCCCGACUUCAAGUUCCACUGUGCCACCCGCCAGAGCUUGUUCGACUACCCGCCUGAGCAGGAAGUCAAGACAGAAGAGGGCCCGGCUCUUAUUGCGACUGCCAUUCUGUCCACCACGGCUCAGGCCAAGAGGAGAGCCCAGAAGAAGGAGCGAGCUCAGCGUCACGAAAGCAUGGACAUCGACAGCGCCCCGGCUAAGAGCGGAGACAAGAUGGAAGUAGACGACGACAAGGCAAAGGAGGAGGGCAAGGACAAGAAGGAAUCCGACGACAAGGAUGCGGCAGCCGCCGACGCCAAGAAGAAGCCCGAGAAGGAGAAGGUUGGCUACGAGAUUGAGAACAUGAGCCGAGUUCUACCUGGUCAGCUCAAGUACAUCAGCUUCCCUGCUGGCCGUUAUAAGCCAGUCAAGAAGCCAACCGGAGGUCCUCUUCUUCUUAUCGAUACCCAGCCUGACGAGCCCAAGACGCUUCUUGAGGAGAAGCUGAAGAAGGUUACGACCGAGCGUGCGCCGGUCGCUGGACAGCAGCUGGGCAGAAGCGGAGCUGGUCAGGCACGAGCUUCUCCCUUUGGCGUGCCAGAGGCCCAGGGCCCUGGCGGCUACGGUAGCGCCGACGUCGGCUCGGGCGCCGCCGCCGCCGCCGGCGUGCUCACCGCGGUGGACGAGGACGGCGAGGGAGACGAGGAGGCGGCGGUGCCCAAUCCGUUUGAGUACUUUUCCGACGGCGAGGACGAGGAAGAGUAG